AUGACUUCAUUGAGGAUCCUCACCUUGAAAGCCAAUAAUUUCACAGGUAACUUGCCAUUAUUAUCCAAUCUCACGUCACUUCAUUUCUUGGAUUUUUCCCACAACUCAUUUGUAGGAAGCAUACCACAAUCAUAUGGUAACCUCAUGGGUAUGAUAAACAUUAAUAUGAAUGGAAGAGCAAUAAUGUUUCCUUAUGAUACAUUUGCAAAGAACCGGCUCGGAAUUAAGAUUAUUGUCUUUACAAAAGGAUUAGAACUCCCAUAUGGAAGCAUUCUUUCAUCUCUUGUAUUCAUAGAUCUCUCUGCAAAUAAUCUAUCAGGCCAAAUUCCAAAAGAAAUAGUUAACUUAGCUGAAUUGCAAAACUUAAAUUUAUCAUCUAAUAAUCUAUUAGGUGCAAUCCCCAGUGAUAUUGGCUUAAUGCAAAAAUUGGAAUCUCUUGAUCUCUCAAGAAAUGAACUCAUUGGGUUGAUACCUCUUAGCCUCUCCACAUUAAAUUUUUUAGAAAUUUUAAAUUUGUCACACAAUAACUUAUUUGGGAAAAUCCCAUACGUGAACCAUUUGAUCACUUUCAAUAAUCCAUCUAGUUAUGUUGGCAAUCUCAAUCUUUGUGGAGCUCCUAUAGAGAAGAAUUGCACAAGUGAUGAACCACCAUCAAAUGCCCAUAAUCAAGAAGAUGAAGAUGAUAAUGAUAGUCAAUCCACUUGGUUUUACAUUGGUUUGAUGCCAGGAUUUGUGGUUGGGUUUUGGAUAGUGUGGGGAAUACUACUUUUCAAAAAAGAAUGGAGACGAAUUUAUUUCAUAUGUCUGGACCACAUGUAUGACAUGAUAUAUGUAAAAAUAGUAGUCACUAUAUCCAAGAUCAAGAGAGCUCUUGCUGUAAUGAACUCAAAGUAA